UCCGCGACGCGCACGCACAGACCCACAUCGACUGUGCGUUUUGUUUUUUUUUUUUUCAAUUCUUGCGUUACGUAAUUCGAAUGCUUAUCAGUUGUAUUUGGACUGUGUAGUGGACAGUGUGGUUGUUCGAAUCAUAGUAUCAAUUACUCGAUAUACGUGGAUGCGGCGGUGAGAAGGCGCGAAAAUGGACAGACCUACUAUGCACAUGCUCUCCGUCGAGGAGAAGGGCGGAAAAACACAAAGGACCAAUCAGUAUAUUGCUGCAAUUGCUGCUGCCAUUGGAGCAGUAGCUGCCGGCACCAUCCUGGCUUGGACGUCUCCCGUUCUACCCCAACUGGAACCUUGGAAGGACGAUGAUAAUCAAACUCUCCCAAACAACACGACGCCAGCACCGCUUGACUACCGAAAGAACGCCACCAAUUCUAGCCAACUGAUCAACUCCCUCGGCGAGCCCGCUGAUUUCCUUCUGGACACGAGUACAAAAUCUCUGGUGUCUUCGAUCAUGGCUAUCGGUGCGGCUAUAGCGGCGCUCCCUGUGGGAUUCUCGGCCCAACGCUUCGGACGCCGGGUCACUAUACUGAUCCUCGUUAUACCCCUAAUGAUCAACUGGCUGCUGACGAUCUUCGCCAACGGGGCCGGUAUGCUGAUCGCUGCUAGAUUCUUCGCGGGUCUUGCUACUGGUGGAAUGUGCGUGGCGGCUCCCCUGUACAUCGGGGAGAUAGCGGAGACCGCGAUCCGUGGCGCUUUGGGCUCGUUCUUCCAGCUUUUCAUUACUGUCGGCAUCCUAUUCACGUUCGUCGUCGGCGGCUGGACGCAUUGGAAGACCCUGUCCAUCAUUAACGCAGCGGUGCCUUUACUGCUUGUUGCUGUAUUUUGGUGGAUGCCGGAGACGCCGCAGUACCUACUGUCGUGUGGGCGACGGCGCGAGGCCGAGCAGUCGCUGCGCUGGUUGCGGGGCCCGCACGCCGACCUUGCCGCCGAGUUGGACGAGAUGCAGAAAGACGUGGAGGCGUCGGGGCGCGCGCGGGGCGGGGUGCUGGCGCUGACGCGGGGCGGGGCCACUCGCCGCGCCAUGCUGUGCGGGCUCGGCCUCAUGCUCUUCCAGCAGUUCAGCGGCGUCAACGCAGUCAUCUUCUACACCGUGCAGAUCUUCCGUUCCGCCGGCUCCGACAUACCGUCCGUGAUCGCCACCAUCAUCGUGGGCGUGGUCCAGACCAUCUCAACCGUCGGGUCCUCGCUGCUCAUCGAGCGAGCCGGCCGGAGGAUCCUCUUGCUGCAGAGCUGCAUCAUCAUGGGGCUGUCCCUGGUCGUAUUGGGAACUUACUUCAAGUUACAGAGGGACGGUGUCGCGUUAGCCGUCGUCGGGUGGAUCCCGCUGUUGUGUUUGGUGCUCUUCAUCAUUUCGUUUUCGAUGGGAUUCGGCCCGAUACCCUGGACGAUGAUGUCAGAACUGUUCCCCGCCGAGAUCAGGGGGACGGCCGCGGGGAUCACGGUCGUAGUGAACUGGGUCCUAGUGUUCAUUGUUACUCUCUGCUUCCCGCUGAUGAUGGACGCGUUGGGGAUCUACAGCUGCUUCUGGUUCUUCGCUGCCUUCAUGCUGGUCUGCGUGUUCUUCGUGUCCUUCCUGAUCCCCGAGACGAAGGGGAAGUCUUUAUCGCAGAUCCAGGCCAUCCUGGCCGGAAAGAGGAUCUGAUCGAUCAGUCAGGUCAGUUUUCUAGAUGGAAAAAUAAGGAUUGCUCAUACACGUGCUGAAGGUAAACAUAUUUUUAGGAAUAAAUGUAAAAUUACUGUUUUUUUUUUGUAUAUUAUGUUCAAUAGAGCAGACGUUUAAGAAGAAAUACUAUGUUAAUGUAAAAAAGUGUAAUUUAAAAAAAAAUAAAAAACAAAAUACUAUGUAAAUUAGUGGUCGCGUAUGAAUGAGCCGCAUUACGUUUAGAAAUUCAGAAAUAAUGAGUUAAUUUCAAUUUAUUAUUAGGUAAGAAAAGAAUUAAACAGUGGCAACACUUAAUUUUGUGUAAAACUGGGUCUAUAAAAUUUUUCAUGAAAUUCAUAAGUCAGGACCAUUGUGUUACCGAGAUAAUGUAACAAGCAAAACAUUAAAAAUCUAUCAGUUUCAGCUUACGUGGUCGUAUUGAUUUAUCGGAAAUAAAUCUAAAAUCUAAAUAUAAAUUUAAAAAAGAUAUUAUUCAAAAUAAAAUAAAUUUAUCAUUUGUAUUAAUUAAUUCAUAAAUUUCGUUUUUUUAAUAAUUAUACUCAUCAAUGUACCUACUACUAUUGAACUUAGUGCUAUUUGUUUAUAUUGUGUAAAUUUGAAAUUGGCAGGAUAUUAGUGUGAUUUAUAUUAUUAGCGAUGAUGCUAGUAAUUGCAUCAGUGUGAUUGUACUUUAAGGUUAGAACGUGCGGUUUUGUGUGCUUUGAAUAGAUUUCUAUUCUUCAAAUAAAUACUAUUGAUACCGAACGUCAAAAAAAAAACGGGAAACAAACUUCAUUUUGCUUCAUUUACCUACCAAAAACAUCGUCGCCAUAUUUAGUGAGCGCUUACAGGGUGAAGCCAAAGAGUAUGUGACACUAUGGGCGAAGCGCUGACAGAUGGCACCCGCCUUUUUUUCAUAGUAGUAAUUUCUUUUUUCAAGUGGAAAGGCAAAGGUAAUUAAUUAUACCAUAAAGUUUAAUUAUUUUUUCAUAUGCAUUCGCGGGUAGCCUAUUAUAGUAUGGGACUAUUACAAAUAUGAGUUAAAGCCGUAUAAGUCUUCAUACAUGAUUUUUAAUGAAAUUUUUCAUUAAAUUGUAUUUAUUAAUUUAAAAAUGAUGUAACUAUGAUUGUGUAUUAAUGAUUUUAAAAUAAUAUUAAUCAUGAACCAUUAAUCUCGUCUUAAGUCACCAUUUUUAAAACAUACCCGGCAUGUAAGUACAGUAAAAGCUCUUUAUUCGCGGGGUAUAUGUUCCAUUAAUAUGCCGCGAAUACAGAAACCGUGAAUACGGAAUGGUAAUUUAUAUAGGAUAAUAGGGAAUACGUUCGUUUUCGUCACAAAAAAAAAACAAAUAUAUAAAAAAAUCAAUUUAAUUGAAGUUUAUUAACAUUUUGAUUAGUUAAUGUUUUGAAGAAUUUUGUAUUUUUUUCUUGCUUGGCAGUUUUUAAAUUUCCUUCAAUUCAGACUGAUACAUAGUAGUCGCAUUAGCAAUUUGCCUCUUAAAAUACUCGAUCACAAUUUUUGUAACGAAUGUGAAAGACGAAACAAUAAAACAUAAGGCGAACGCGAAUAAGGAGCUUUUCUUCCUAUUCGUACACUCUUGACAGAGUGGUCGUGGUC